AUGUUCCUCUUUCAGUUCAAGUUUUUUCUAUUAGUCCUACUCUUAACCCUUUCCGAAUUCUGUUUUCGAAGUGCCGAUUGUCUUGAAAUCUCAAACAGAAACCUUGUUGAAGCCUCUUGCCCAUUAAACUUCAAUGUCUUUCGUGGACUAGUCAGUAAAGCGCGCCCGAAACGUUCAUUUAUCGACGUGCCUAAACAAUGCCAGUUCGUUCCCGAUGGAAUUCGUUUCGUUCGGUCAGAAUAUCUUCGAACCAACGGGUACUUUGUUCCUCCUUAUGAUACGUUUCAGGCAUGUUGGAGAUCAUAUCGGAAUGUAAUUCGCGAGGUUUCAGAUGGUCUUGAUAUCCAAUCUGGUUGUGGUUAUCAAGCUGAAUGGAUAUCAAAGGGCUGUAUGAAUAUUACAUCUCUGGCACAGUUUGAGAGCAAGUUUCCUAAGUCUAAGUUGCAAGAGAUGAGGCUUUGUUGCAAUCGAUCUUUGGAUGAUGACCGUGUUUGUGAUUCUUGUACUAAGAAAUUGUUGAGUCUUCAGAAUCUGUAUCUUCAUGGUCCUCAACCUGAGAAUGACUCAGAUUGUUCAGGUUAUUUGUUUAUGUAUGCAGCUGCUGUUGUUAAUCAGUUUGGACCGACUGAUCCCGGAACUGCAAAGUGUUUGUUCAGGCUGGAGUAUUCAAUGAAGUCCACCAACAAUAUGCUUCACAAGGCCGUAAUUGCUGGCAUUGUUGCGGGUUCCAUGUUUGGUGUCUUGGGGGGCUUUAUUGCUGUUUGGUUUCGCUGGACGCAACACAGGAAAAGCGAGAAGAAAAAGAUUACUCCGGAUGUUGGGGACUUUAGUUUGGAUCUUGGGCUUGGAUUGCACAGUAGAGGUACUACCCUGGUCAAAUUCAAGAUCGAUGAAAUUAGGAAGGCAACAAUGAAUUUCUCGAGACAUAAUAUAAUUGGAAAGGGAGGUUAUGGGAAUGUUUACAAAGGGGUGUUGCCAGAUGGGUCUGAGGUUGCGUUCAAGAGGUUCAAGAACUGUUCUGCUAGUGGUGAUUCAACUUUUGCACAUGAAGUGGAAAUCAUAGCCAGUGUAAGGCAUGUCAAUCUUGUUGCUUUAAGAGGCUAUUGCACCACAAAAAUUCCCCCAGAACCUCACCAGAGGAUCAUCGUGUGCGAUUUGAUUCAUAAUGGAAGUCUCUAUAACCAUCUUUUCGAAUCAGGAAAAACAAAACUUAGCUGGCCUAUUCGUCAGAAGAUCGCCCUUGGAACCGCACGGGGGUUGGCUUAUUUACACUAUGGGGUGCAUCCAGCAAUCAUCCACAGGGAUAUUAAAGCUAGUAAUAUACUUUUGGAUGAAAAUUUCGAGGCUAAAGUUGCAGAUUUCGGCCUUGCAAGAUUCAACUCACAGAGAAUGACACAUGUUAGCACCAGGGUUGCAGGAACUCUUGGUUAUGUUGCCCCAGAAUAUGCCUUGUAUGGGAAGUUAACCGAAAGAAGCGAUGUCUACAGCUUCGGAGUUGUGCUUCUCGAGAUUCUGAGUGGUAAAAGGGCUUAUGAAAAUAACGAGGGAAAUGUUUCUCUGUUGACAGAUUGGGCGUGGUCGCUAGCGAAGGAAGGGAGAGGAUUGGAUAUUGUUGAAGAUAACCUGCCAGAGUUGGGGUCACCAGUAGUGAUGGAGCAAUACGUGCACAUUGCUCUAAUUUGUGCUCAUCCACUAUUACAUGCUAGGCCAACAAUGGAUCAGAUCGUGAAUAUGUUGGAAACUGACUUGCCUGUCCCCUCAAAUCUAGAAGCAUACAGUACUGCCGCCUCAAAUAUGGAAAUUUGCAGUAUCAGCUCAAGUUAUAAUUUUAGUUAUUCAAUGAUAAGUGACGAGAACCAAUUCAGACAAUUGUAUGACAGGAAAUGA